AUGGUGUAUAAGAAUUUUAGAGUAAGAUCCACUUAUCUAGCAGAUAGAUAUUUAUCUGAUUGGAGGCUUGUACCAAAUAUGUCAAUGACCAAAUUCAUGGAGAGGGUGAAAAGGGAUGGUUUGAGUGAUAUCUCACAUUGGCAAGUGUAUAGAACAAAGGAGAAAGCACCUGAAAAGAUAAAAAGGACUAUGGUGGACCAAUACAAAGUACCGUGGGAUUAUUGUAAGGAGUUGAAGUGGACAAAUAUGGGGACCACUACUUUGGUUGAGGAUUAUGCUGGAGAAUUUAGACGGUUAUAUAUUUGCCUCAAAGCUUUGGAGGAGGAUUCCAUUAGGGGGUGUAGAAGAGCGAUUGGUUUAGAUGCUUGCUUCCUAAAGACGGAGCAAGCAUAUGCAGUUGUUGACGUUGAAAAUGGAGAAAAUUAUAAAUGGUUUUUGGAGUUAUUGAAGGAUGAUUUACAUAUAAACAAUGGCUUGCACUGGACAUUCAUUUCAGAUAAGCAAAAGGGGUUGAUUAAUGCGAUUGAGUCUUUGUUUGAGAAUGCUAAGCAUAGGACAUGUAUUAGACAUCAGUACAACAAUUUCAGUAUCUCGCAUAAGGGAUUGGCUUCGAAGCAUUGUCAUUGGGAUGCCGCUAGAGCUACUACUCAUCCCACUGCAGCAAAUCCACUUCAGAGAAUGGAUCAGUGUGACAUGCUUCUAAACAAUCCAUGUGAAUCAUUCAACAGCAUAGUUUUCAUUGCAAAAGAGAAGCCCAUUCUAUCCAUGCUUGAGGAGUUCAGGUUAUAUUCAAUGAAGAGGAUUGUAGCCUGUAGAGAGUCGGCUAAUAGAUGGACAUCGGCAGUAGGCCCUAGAAUCCAAAAGAUUAUCGAUAAGAUCAGUGAACUCUCCAGGUUACUGAAUAUAUGGGGAAUGAGAAGUCCCAAGUUCGCCACAAUGCAGGCAUUGUACAACAUGUUGUUAACCUCAGGGCAAGGACUUGUACAUGUCAUGGUUGGCAGUUAUCAGGAAUCCCUUGUUGCCAUGUGA